AUGCGUCGCGGCGUCAUCAUCUUCCUGCUCGUCAACUUCCUCAUCCUCUCCUUCCUCGUCCGCAGCGUCUCGACCUUGCUCUCCUUGCUCAUCGAAGAUGCCUCGGCCGAUUCCAUCCACCGCGCCGAGCUCCCCUCGCCCAAUUCCAGCUUGAUCGAACAACGUCCUCAGAUCAUUCCCAAGAUUAUCCACCAGACCUACAAGAACGAGACCAUUCCCGAGGUCUGGAAGGAUGCGCAACGGAGUUGUAUCGAGUUGCAUCCGGAUUAUGAAUACAUCUUGUGGACGAAUGAAAAGGCGCGCGAGUUUAUCGCCCACGAAUAUCCCUGGUUCCUCGACACCUUUGACGGCUACAAGUUCCCCAUCCAACGCGCCGAUUCCAUCCGAUACUUUGUCCUCGCCCACUACGGUGGCACCUACAUUGAUCUCGACGAUGGCUGCAACCGUCGCUUAGAUCCUCUCCUCGCCUACCCCGCCUGGGUGCGCCGCACCGCGCCCACGGGGAUAUCCAAUGACGCCAUGGGCUCGGUCCCCCAACACCCGUUCUUCCUCCGCGUGAUCGAGCUGUUGCAGUCCUACGACCGCAGCUGGCUGCUCCCCUACAUCACCGUCAUGUAUACCACGGGUCCCCUCUUCCUCUCCGUCAUCUGGAAGGAGUACAUGCACGAGCGCAUCACCGAGGCCGGGCGCGUCCGCAUCCUCAUGCAGGACGAGUACAACCGGUACUCGUGGAGCUUCUUCACCCACCACGUCGGCAACAGCUGGCACGGGUCCGACGCCCGGUUGAUCUUCUGGAUGGGCCAGCAUUGGGUCUUCCUCACCCUCCUCGGCUGUAUCCUCGCCGGCACGGUCGGGUUCGCCGCCUGGUGGAUGUACGGGCGGCUCAUGCUGCUGGGAUCCAAGUACCGCUACCGGUACACCAAGAUCCCAUCGUUCCUGUCGGGGUCCCGCCGCUCCUCCCCGACGCGCCGGGGCGUCAUGCCCACCCUGUUGCGUCGGUCCCUCCGCCUCCGCCGCCCCCUUCUUCGGCCCCCCGCCCACGAUCGCUCCCCGUCCGACGAUGUUCACACCCGCAAGAAGAGAUCCCGUCGAAAUUCCGGCUUCUUCGGCGCCCGGAACCCCAGUCCCGUCCCGGAUGCCGCUGCCAUCCCCCAGAGCCACCGCCGUGCCGGCACGGUCGACUCCCUCCUGGCUCCCAACGGGAUGGUCACCCCUCACGAUACCCUUCGCCCCCGCCGGAAAUCCAUCCAGCAGAAGAAGCGCGCCUCCGUCUUCGGGUCCCUGCGGUCGCUGCACUCCCUCGACGACGACAACCACUCCCUCAAUCGGUCCAAAGCCGCCUCGUCUGUCGUCCUCGACGAUGACGACGGCAUCGGCUCCAUGAUCCUCCACCACGGCGAGGUCCAGACCACCGGCGGCAUGUGGCGCAAGAAGAGCCAGUACCUCGUCCUGACCGAGACCCACCUCGUCCGCUUCAAGAAUCAGAGCAAGGCCGCCGACGUCUUCCCCUCCAUCCCGCCCUCCUUUGCCCGCACGGCCGCAAACCGCCAAUCCAUCGCCUCCGUCAGUUCCGUGCAGGACCCGCAGCUCGCAGCCUCCGCCACGGAUCCCGCCGCCGGCAUCUCCCUGCACAGCAUCGUCGCCGUCUACAUGCUCGACGAUGGUCGCCCCUCCUCCACCGUCGAGGUCGCCUACCUCGACGACCGCGCCCACAAGGCCACCUUCAUCCAGAUGCAGACCCUCGAUCUCCAGGAGCUCAGCCUGUGGAUGGUGGGGAUCCGCUCCGCCGCGGGGCUGGCCCGUGCGUCGCGCCCGCUCCCCUUCGACCCCAAGCCCCUCGAGUAUGGCCUCGAGCAAGCCCUCGCCCACCACCACCCGCGCCGCCGCCGCCGCCGCCGCUGCCCCUCCUCCGACGACCUCACCAAGCUGUCACCCACCGGCUGCUACCUGGCCCUCGGCUCCCACAAGCUCCACCUCAUCCCGCUGCACAAGAUCGUCACCGGCCGCGGUUCCGCCGUCUCCCUGGCCGAUCUCGACGCCUCCGCGGCCGCCUCCUUCGGCCUGAUGAACCUGACCUGCCUGUCCAUGGAGUGGGGGGACGACAGCCUGCACCUGACCUUCCGCGUCCCGCUGCGCCGCCCCUUCUCCGUCUUCCUGGCCUCCGUCCACUCGCUCGAGAUCGCCUGCUGGAUCCGUCGCCAGACCGAGUUCCUGCGGCCCCUCUGGACCCGCCAGCCCUACGACUUUAUCGUCCCGCGCGACCUGCAGAACCACCAGAACUUCCCCCCCGUGGACCUCGAUGAGGACUACGGCUGCUUCGACCGCACCCUGGUCGCCUACUCGGCCAGCUUCGACGUCGACACCUCCAACAUCCGCUACACCAUCGACGACGGCCAGGGCGACGACGCCCCCGGCUUCCGCCUCCUGCCCCCGGCCGGCGCCCCCCGCCAGCGCUACUCCCCGUUGGAGCUGAUCGCCGUGAUGCGCACGCUGCGCUACAACGAAUCCUUCCGCUCCAUCUCCUUCGCCGGCGUGAGCCUCGACGCCCUCCAGGGCGUCCGCGACCCCCACGGCUUCGACACCGACCUGCUGCGGACCCGCGACGGCGACCCCGUCCACAUCCCGGGCCAGGAGAUCCUGUCCGUGCUGUCGCAGGAGAUCCGCGCCCUGGCCCUGCAGAGCCGCUGGCUCCGGCGCCUGGACUUCGCCUACACCUCCGGCCGCAUCCCGACCGCCGACAGCGAGAGCCGGGACCCGGGGUGCGGCAUCCCCGAGGCCCUCUUCCCCGUCUGCCGCCGCGAGAUGACCAACGUCGACUGGAUCGUGCUGACCGGCAUCCGGCUGGGAGACUCCGACCUCGACUACCUCGUCGACGCGGCCUCCCAGCGGGGGAGCCACCUGCGCGCCCUCGAGGUCGGCCACUGCGGCCUGUCCGUCCACGACCUCGACCUCCUGCUGUCGACCACGGUCGCCCAGGGCGCCUCGCUCGAGGCCGUCAACAUCGCCGGCGUCCAGGGCCGCCUCGACCCGGAUCUCCUCCGGCAGUACCUCGGCCACUUCCCCCACAUCCGGACGCUCGACCUGUCGCGCAUCGCGCGUGUGUCCGGCACCGAGCCCCUCCUCUCCGCCGAGACCCUGUUCCACUGGCGCCUGGAGGAGCUCGCCCUGAGCCGCACGGCCCUGAACCGCGAGUCGGUCGACGCCCUGGCCACCUACCUGGCCAGCGACCAGUCGCGCAACCUGCGGGUGCUCCGGCUCGACCAGUGCGGCCUCACGGGCCAGGACGUCGCCCUCUUCCUGCACUCGAUGGCGCUCGCCGACGGGCCGCGCCGCCUGCACCUGCACGUGAACGAGAACCGCCUGGAUCUGGGCUGCGCCUUCCUGUGCGACGCGAUCGCCCAGGACAAGGCCCCGACCCACCUGUCCAUGCGCAUGAUCGACUUCAAGACGGAGGCACAGUUCCGGGAUCUCGUCGAGGCCCUGCGGGUCAACCGCACCGUGACGCACCUGGACAUCGCCAAGGCCUCCCUCCCGGCCGACGCGGGGCCCGAGACGUGCCGGUCGCUGCAGCGGAUGUUCGAGGAGAACGAGACGCUGGAGGACCUGGACAUCAGCGGGGAGAGCGCCCACCUCGACGUGGCGCGGUUCGGCAUCGGCCUGAACCUGGCGCUGACGGGGCUGAAGCGCAACCGGACGCUGCAGGUGCUGCGGGUCGAGCACCAGAAGCUGGGCCUGCAGGGGGCCAGCACGCUGUCGACCGUGCUGGAGGAGAACCGCAGCCUCCGCGCCGUCCACUGCGAGAACAACGACCUCAACCUCCAGUCCUUCACCGUCCUGGUCAACGGGCUGCAGCGGAACCGGACCCUCCUGAGCCUCUCGGGCAUGGAGGGGGAUCGGGCCCGGUCGCUGGAGAAGGUGCGCCGCGAGGUCGAGGGGGUGAAGCGGGACGGCACCCUGGGGCCGAGCUCCUCCACGUCCUCCGCCACGACCGCGAUCCGCCGGUCCCUCCAGGUGGCCAUGACCGGGGGCAGCGGCAAGCACGCGACGACGGGGUCGCGGCUGACCAAGCCGUCCGCCCACUCCCACCCGACCGGUCCGCUGCGGCGGUCGGGCCCGUCGGCGCCGGCCCACCUGGCCGCCGCGGAGACCACGCCCUUCCUCCACCACGACGUGGAGGUCAUCCUCCACGCGCUGACGCAGAAGUGGGACGCCGAGGGCGCGCGCCUGCAGCGGUACCUGUUCCGGAACUACCACCUGGCCCACGGGGGUGACGGGGCCGUCGCCGACGACCUCGACCUCGACGACGGUCGCAGCGAGGGGCGUCCGACCACGGCGACCAGUCUCGCGACGAUGCUGGACCACCUGAAAUUCGAGGUGACCAUCUCCGCCGACGAGGUCGUGUCCUCCUCGCCGCCCACGACAGACCGGCUGCCGCCGUCGCCCCAACCCAGCGACGGGAGCAGCCACCCGAGCUCGCUGGAGCUGGACGGGCGUCUCGACGGGGGUCGCCGGACCGCGGUCAACGCCGGCCAGCGACCGCAGACGGCGCCGUUUGCCGGGCUGGCGGGGCCGGCUGCGCCGACCGUGUGGCCGAGAUCCGGUGCGGCAGGGGGCACGCCAUCCCGACGGCUGGCGGCGCCGGUAUCCCCGCUACCGGCGACGAUGUACAAAACGCGCAGCGUGCGCAGCGCGCGCAGCUCGAGCACGGUGUCGACGAGCACGGGGACGGCAGCCAGUGCGCGAAGCGCAUACGGGACGGCGUCGUCGACGCUGAAGAACUUCCUGACGGGGAGCGGGACGAAGGAGCGACGACGGAUGGAGCAGAUGACGACGCCGGCGGUGUGUGUGUCGGACGAGGGGCCACCCCAGGUGGACUGGACGCCUCCCCACUGGAAUUGGGGAGAGUGA